GACUCUAAAGGCUUAAUCACCUCAGUUAGAGUAGUGCCAUUCCGCACUGGUGGUGUUGUUUGUAGUUUUGGUAUUCUGCGCAGGGAAGAACUAUGUGUGACCUUAUUUCUACUGCUUCAGUCAAAGAUUGGGCGCCUGCUCCUAUCCUGCUGUUAAGAGUGGUACAAAUGUCACAUCCUGUGCCGAUGUGUUUCCCCCUUGGUAUGUGUUUUAUACUUCGAAAGAAAGCUGGAGGUUUGAGAAUUGUUUAAGGUUUACUGCCCCUACCUUCAGCUUAGUGCAGAGCAAUGGGUUACGCUGUGUCUGGAUGUGUGGGAAUUAUUGAGGAUGCAGAAUUUGAAUCACAUAUUGAAGCUGUGUGCAGGCAGAUUGAACAACAGUUUAAUUUAUACAUAGCCAAACAACAAUCAGCUUCAUGUUUUGCAUCAGUAAUAGUAUCUGGGCGAGCUUCAUCCUUCUCAUUGCUGAAGAGAAAUUGCAUCAAAGAGUUUUAGGUAGAGAUCCAGACCGUCCGACGGCCUCUUUUAAAUUAGACAUUUAAAGAGGAACACGGUUUACGAGCAGAGCAAAAAAGGAACCAAAUACAUUAACACCAUCAAGUCUUGACCUCAGAAACUUCCUGUGAGAAAGCAUUAAAAUGAAACAUUUUCCAUUGCUGACAGGCAACAUAGCAAGAGGCGCUUGCAGAAACAUUGACAGUGAUGAUGUUUCUUGUUGCUUGUGAUUGAAAACAACCAACAGAGGAUGUCCGUGGUAGUUUUGGUAAUUUAAUGGUGACAUGUGACAUCUAAAAUAAACUUUUAACAAUAAUAAUCUGUUUGUGUGAUAACAGGGUUCUGCUGUGUGGCACUUAUGAUAAACAUUACUGUCUUUGUUUGGUGCAGUGAGCCGCUUCUCUGAGUUAAAGAGAGAUAGGUUACAAAGUAUAACCCUCUUCUGUCCACUGCAAGAAUGUGAGCGAACAUGCGCUAUAAAACCAACUUCUAUCUCCCGUAACAGUUCCCUCUUUGUUUUGGAUUCUGUUAGACCUUGUUCCAAAUUUACAUAGAGAUUCAAAGAGAAAACUUCACUUGAUGUCUCAUAUCGAAUGUUUGGCUCCUGGGGUAGUAUUUGUAUUGCCACAGAGGCUAGAAAGACCUUCAAGUGUUUAUUCUUGGAAUAUCUUAAUAGUGCUCAAGAACAGGUCACAGCAGUUCUCCAGCUGGUGUGUUCCUGGGAUCUUUAGAAAUUCAUUCAACCAGAAUAAACACUGGCAAUGUAGAGAAUGCAGAAGCAGUACUGAUCAUCCAGGAAGCUGACUGAAUUAGCUGUGAGGCAUAUUUGUCUUCUCAAAAUUGUCCCUGUGGCAAGCAAUGUCUAAUGGCAUCAUGUGAUAUGCCAUUUUCACGCCAGCUCCACCCAAUGUUAUAGACGUUUUUAAAACACAUUAACACUUAGCUAUAGCUGAAGGUAGUGAUGAAUAGUGAUGAUUCAUUUCUGUGUCACUGAGCUGAAAGGGUCAAAGUUUGCAAAGAAAUUCAUAGUGGACAAUGCUGCUGACAAGUCAUAAUCUGCAUGUUCUAAACACAGUAAGCAGGGGGUUGUUCGAUGCCCAAUCCAAACAGACUGCGACACGAUAGAGGGAUCAUGGGGCUGGAUUUAAGAAAACCAUAUGAACACGUGUAAAAAUAAGAGAAUCUGAAAUAAAAGUGGACAGUGGCAUUAUGUGUAAGUAUGCUGUACAAUUCCUAUACAGCAUAAUUUAAGUGUAUGUGUGACCUCCGAUGCAUCCCAUUACUCUAAAUAAUUGAGGACACAGAGAACUUUGCCUGAUUAUUGCAUUUAACAACCCAGUUGCCUUUUCCUGCUGCUGCUAACCACACGUGACUGGCUGUUUCUCCUCAUGUCAUCCUGCUGCUGAAGGCACCAUGGGCUGUGUGGGCUCAAAGGAAGAGCAUGAGCCUCAGGGCAAAGAGACGGGUAUCGAUGAGCUGCAGAACCGCGUUCAGACGGCCCACUAUGUCAAAGACCCCACCGCAGGAAACUCAAGCAAAGCUAGCAAAAUGCCAUCCAAUUCAUCUGCAGGGGAAAGUAUUGCCAUGGCGCUGUUUGACUAUGAGGCCAUUCACGAUGGAGACCUCGGCUUCAAGAAGGGAGAGAAGCUCAAAAUUUUGGAGGAGAUGGGGGAGUGGUGGAGAGCUAUGUUAAUAAGUACAGGUCAGGAAGGCUACAUCCCCAGCAAUUAUGUAGCCAAAGAUACUCUGGAGGUAGAGGACUGGUUCUUUAAGGGCGUGAGCAGGAAAGAUGCUGAGAGGCAGCUGCUGGCUCAAGGGAACAAAGUAGGAUCCUACAUGAUCCGAGACAGUGAGACGUCCAAGGGGAGCUACUCUCUGUCUGUCAGGGACAACGAUGUCCAACAUUCAGUCAAACAUUAUAAGAUCCGAACUCUGGACAACGGAGGAUUCUACAUCUCUCCUCGCAUCACCUUCAUCACGCUGCAGGAGCUGGUCAACCAUUACAAGAAGCAGGGAGAUGGCCUCUGUCAAACCCUGACCAGUCCGUGCCUGAGCCCCAAGCCUGACAAGCCGUGGGAGAAAGACGCCUGGGAAAUCCCGAGAUCAUCUCUCAAACUGGACAAGAAGCUUGGUCAAGGCCAGUUUGGAGAGGUCUGGAUGGCUACAUACAAUAAGCAUACCAAGGUAGCAGUGAAGACCAUGAAACCUGGCACCAUGUCAGUUGAAGCCUUUAUGGGAGAGGCCAACCUGAUGAAGACCCUUCAGCACGAUAAACUGGUCCGACUCCAUGCUGUGGUCUCCAAGGAGGAGCCUAUCUAUAUCAUAACUGAAUACAUGGAGAAAGGUAGUUUACUGGACUUCUUAAAGAGUGAUGAAGGAAACCGUGUCCAGCUCCCCAAGCUCAUUGACUUCUCUGCCCAGAUUGCAGAGGGCAUGGCCUACAUUGAGCAGAGGAACUACAUCCACAGAGACCUGAGAGCUGCCAACAUCCUCGUCAACAAGGCUUUAGUUUGCAAAAUUGCUGACUUUGGCCUUGCUCGUAUUAUUGAAGACAACGAGUACACAGCCAGGGAAGGAGCCAAAUUCCCCAUCAAAUGGACAGCCCCAGAGGCCAUCAACUACGGAUCUUUCACAAUCAAAUCUGAUGUCUGGUCCUUUGGCAUCUUGCUGAUGGAGAUUAUCACCUAUGGGCGCACUCCAUACCCAGGUCAGACCAACCCGGAGGUGAUCCGUUUCCUGGAGAAGAACAACAGAAUGCAGCGAAUUGAGAGCUGUCCCCGCGAACUCUAUGAUAUCAUGCUGGAGUGUUGGAAGAACAAGCCCGAGGAACGUCCCACCUUCGAUUACCUGCAGAGCGUGCUGGAGGAUUUCUACACAGCCACAGAGAGCCAGUACCAGCAGCAGCCAUGAGACUUGACAUCCACAGACAAGUUUUCUCAGAGUGAUCUUCCAGUCAUACUUAGCACCAGUGCAGUUCAGGGAGUCCUUUAAACUGCACUCAACCAUCUUUUUUUCUCUUCUUAAUCACAUGAUAUACAAGGGACUGUACAAAACUUAUUGGGGAGAUUGAUAACGUCUUUUUAUUAUAUAUUGUAUUUUUUAUCUAGCUACAGGUAUCUCUAUAUUAUAAAACUAUGCUCUGACUAGCAUUUUUUCAAUAUUUUAUUGGGCCCCUCUCCUCAUCAAUGAGUUAGAGCAUUAUAAAGGUAUAUAAUCACAGUUGAAAGCUCAAGACAAUAAAAUAUAUAGAUUCAAAAUACACAAUAAAUACUGUCUGAUUAUUAUUACUGUUAUAUAUAAAUGUAUAAACAAAUAAUGAUAUAAACCUUGGACACUAGAAUGACUAAGGAUGGAAUACCUAUGAUUGUUCCCUAGCCAAGGACUGUGGUAUUUCUAGUUGGAGAAUCAUCACUCCGUACAAGGUCCAAAUAAUCCACAUCAAGAAACCAUGUCCAAUAUUCCGAAUUUGUAUCUUCAUCAGGUUGAUACAAUCCAGUCUAAGAAGUUAACCCUCUGAUCCUGAGGUUUGCUGGAGUUUUGUUGAACUCCACAGUUUCAGCUGAAAGUUGUCCACUCGAAGAGGAACUCAGACAAAGAACUCACACAGCUCACAUCUCUAUUUGCAUACUUUGUGGCCAUGUCCCCCUCCAUCACUUCCCUCCCACAUAAGGUUAACACACACACACACUCUUACUGAAGCAGCCACACUUACAUCCUGUGUUAACUGUACCAUUACGUCAUACCAGAUGUUCAGCAAAUCAUCACUUCACAAAACAGCACGUUCUUCUUACAGUGACCAGGCAGAGGGGAUUCAAAUCUUCUGGACGAUGUAUAUAAGUUAAAAUAGUAAAUAUGCUUGGAUAAGCAGACCAGAAACACUGGGAUACUGAGAGUACCCUGUGGUAAAUUAACAGAGGAAGGGCAGUGGUAAGUUUGGUGCGAUUUGAACGUGAGAUAUUCACUGUUGAUAUAAUUUAAUAAACAGGCGCCCAGUACUCUUUAGCAGACAGUGUGCUCACAGUCAGUCUGUGAAUAGAGUUGAAAAUUUCUAGUUCUACGACCUCAGAUAAACUACAGUAUCGGGGCCAGAUCAUUUAAAUUUCAUUUCCAGAGGCAUCAAUAUUUGUAGAAUCACUUCCUGGUUGACAAUUGGUUUUCAAAGUAAAAGCACAACUUUUCGUUUUAUUGCUGCAAUGCUUUAUACUGAGCAGAAUUACAUAGCUUUUAAUUAAAAAGUUGUGAGCUUGGGUCUGGAGUUUGUGUGGAUGACCUCUGAAACAGCUAACAAGCAAUGUAUGAACAAAUACCACCAUUUAAGUCAAUUAUUCCAACUUUUAUAUAAGCCACACACGUGAACAGUAAUAAAGCUAUUUCUGAUUCAUUUUAUGAUAAACAUUGACUAUAAAAUCUUCACUACAGAUAAACUACAACUAGAUUAAAACAGACUUUACUAACUUCCCUCUCAACCAUAGACUGUUUAUAAAAAGCUCUUCACACAAACAAUAAAAAGUGACAAGGAAUUGAAGAACUGUUUGAGGAAUACACACUAAUGACAAUGAAUAAUUCUGAUGUAACUCCAGAGCUUUAACACACGAAAAGAAAAGAAAACUGCACUAGUUUUAAAAAAUCUGACAACUUCCUUGAAUUGAAAUUGAUUAACCAUUCUUCCAUUUUUCCAAAUCUCACCCACUGUAUAAUGUUUGUGCAGUCCCUAGCAUUGCAACACCUUCUGUGUAACAUAAAACGUCUGUGUAGAAGGCCAGACUAUCCAGUACAUGCUUUUGUAAAAGCACAACUAUCUCAAUACUUCAACAUAGUACAAAGAUCCAGUCAGAAAACUGGAUUCUGCUGUUCUGCUCCAACACACAUUUUUCAUCCACAAGGUACAACCACAACAAAGAUUUCCACAGUGAAAUAUGUACAGUAAGCAAAGCUGUAAAUUGAACAGUGCUUGACAAAGUGAAGGAAAAGUGAAUACUGUGACCUGAUUCCAUAGAUAUGUUUCCAUUAUGCUGUAGCUUGAUUCCGCAUUACUCCUUGAUAGUGCCUUUUGCAGGGAAUUUGUCAGCAGAGCAAAAAUGUAAUAAUAUAUUUUAUAUGCUCCUUAUAUAUAGACGUAUAUAAGGAAAUAGAGUUAUUUAGAACAGGGUCUGUGAAGCCAUAUUAACACUUGAUUGUUGGUUCUUCUCUACCGCUAUAAGGAUAGUUUUAUGCAUACAUACAUGUCAUCCUUUUUGUGUUUUUGAAAAAUAAUGGAUGUGGAAAUAGUAGAUAAAUGUGCUGUACAUCCUUGUAUGUGAAAUGUAAUGAUCAGCUCAACUGUAAAUGCUGUGUUGUUUUCUACACUGUUUGUGUUUCUCAUAUUUUUGUAAAUAGUAUUGGCUAAGAUUUGUUUCACAAUCACUCAGUGCUGGGAUGAUCAUCUUUUCGAAAAUGUAAUUGAACACAAAGCAAAUUGUGUGAUUUCAACAAUCUAAGUGUUGCUGUGACACACAAAGAGUUGAUAGGUGACAACAUUGUUUCAAAUCCCAGCUCUGUACAUAAUCUACUAUGUAAGGUGUCGAAUAUUUUUGUGUUUUUCUCCUUCAAUAGAAAACCCUUUGUUAAGUUUGUUAGACGCUUGGUUCAAUAUGACUGGGAUGAAAAUGUUCUAAUAUAUUGUUUUCAACUAUUUUUAAUAAAUUCAUACAUAUAAUAGUUUACAAAUAAGAAGUUAAUGUUAUUCAAAGAAUGUUGUGGAGAUUUUUUAUCAUUAUGCUACCAGCAAUGAUUAAUUGUCAGUCAAAUUGUGUAUUUUGGGUGCAUCAAAUAAAAAAAGUCAAGGCA